GUGAAGGGAGAAGAUGAGGAAGAGAACAACCUCGAAGUACGAGAAACCAACGUCAAGGGCACAAGUGGGAGAUUCUUCACGGUCAAGCUCCCAGCGGCUCUUGAUCCUGGGACCAAGAUUUCCGUCAUUGUGGAAACAGUCUACACCCAUGUGCUUCAGCCAUAUCCGACCCAGAUCACCCAGUCAGAGAAGCAGUUUGUGGUGUUUGAGGGGAACCAUUACUUCUACUCUCCCUACCCGACGAAGACUCAGACCAUGCGUGUGAAGCUCGCCUCCCGCAAUGUGGAGAGCUACACCAAGCUGGGGAACCCCACACGCUCUGAGGACCUCCUGGAUUAUGGGCCUUUCAAAGACAUCCCUGCUUAUAGUCAGGACACGUUUAGAGUCCACUAUGAGAACAACAGCCCUUUCCUGACCAUCACCAGCAUGACCCGUGUCAUUGAGGUCUCCCACUGGGGCAACAUUGCUGUGGAGGAGAAUGUGGACUUGAAGCACACGGGGGCUGUGCUCAAGGGGCCUUUCUCGCGCUACGAUUACCAGAGACAGCCGGAUAGUGGGGUGUCCUCCAUCCGCUCUUUUAAGACCAUCCUCCCUGCCGCGGCCCAGGACGUGUACUGCCGGGACGAGAUCGGCAACGUGUCCACCAGCCACCUCCUGGUUCUGGAUGACUCCGUGGAGAUGGAGGUCCGGCCACGCUUCCCUCUCUUCGGAGGCUGGAAGACCCAUUACAUCGUGGGCUACAACCUGCCGAGCUACGAGUACCUCUAUAACCUGGGGGACCAGUAUGCGCUGAAGAUGCGGCUUGUGGACCACGUGUUUGACGAGCAGGUGGUCGACUCCCUAACGGUGAAGAUCAUCCUGCCCGAAGGGGCCAGGGACAUCCAGGUCGAGAGCCCCUACGACAUCAGCCGUGGCCCCAACGAGCUGCACUACACCUACCUGGACACGUUCGGGCGCCCCGUGGUCGUCGCCCACAAGAAGAACCUGGUGGAGCAGCACAUCCAGGACGUGGUGGUCCACUACACGUUCAACAAGGUGCUCAUGCUGCAGGAGCCCCUGCUCGUGGUGGCUGCCUUCUACGUCUUGUUCUUCACUGUCAUCGUCUACGUGCGGCUCGACUUCUCCAUCACCAAGGACCCGGCUGCGGAAGCUAGGAUGAAGGUGGCCUGCAUCACAGAGCAGGUCCUGACCAUGGUCAACAAGAGGAUCGGCCUAUACCGUCACUUUGACGAGACUGUCAACAGGUACAAGCAGUCGCGGGACCUCUCCACCCUUAACAGCGGCAAGAAGAGCCUAGAGACGGAGCACAAGGCCCUGACCAGUGAGAUCGCACUGCUGCAGUCCCGGCUGAAGGCAGAGGGCUCCGACCUGUGUGACAGAGUGAGCGAGAUGCAGAAGCUGGAUGUGCAGGUGAAGGAGCUGGUGCUGAAGUCGGCGGUGGAGGCCGAGCGGCUGGUGGCUGGUAAACUCAAGAGGGACACGUACGUCGAGAACGAGAAGCUCAUCUCAGGGAAGCGCCAGGAGCUGGUCGCCAAGAUCGACCACAUUCUGGAUGCGCUGUAGCCCCAGCCCUGGCCGCUCGAUGGCAGGUGGCAGGUGGGGUGGCGUGAGGGCAGCGACAGCUCGCAUCGUACUUCGUGACAGGCCGUUAAGGAAGAGAAACCAGGCCUACCUUAGUGUGAGAACCUUGGCCCUGUCCCUAAACCUUUUUUUCUUUUUUAAACCUGAAUACUUUAUUAAAAACAGAACAUCUUUGUGUUUCGAAGAAAAUAAUUUUCAGUGGUUCAUUGGUAUUGCUUUGAAGCUUCAAAUAUCUUUUUCAGCCUAUAGGCCCGUUUUAUGUCCUAAUUUUAGAUGUUUGGGCACUUUGAGUGUGUUUUUUUAAUGUGUGUGUGUUCAAAUGAAAAUAAAAGUAGGGGCUGUGCA